AUGUCUGUCCACAACAAUGGCCUCAAAGCAACAAUCACUCCAGGCUUUAGAACCAUACAGAGUCACGGAGGAGGAGGCAGAGAGGAGGGAGGACAGAGAGGAGAGAGGACAGAGAGGAGAGAGGAGGAGACAGAGAGGAGGAGACAGAGAGGACAGAGAGGAGAGGAGACAGAGAGGAGAGGAGAGAGUACAGAGAGGAGAGAUGACAGAGAGGAGGAGAUCGAGAGGAGAGAGGAGAUCGAGAGGAGAGAGGACAGAGAGGAGGGCGAGGACAGAGAUGAGAGAGAGGAGACAGAGAGGAGGGAGGACAGAGAGGAGAGAGGAGGAGACAGAGAGAACAGAAAGGAGGAAGGACAGAGAGGAGAGAUGACAGAGAGGAGGGGACCAAGAGGAGAGAGUACAGAGAGGAGGGAGGACAGAGAGGAGGAAGUACAGAGAGGAGAGAUGACAGAGAAGAGGAGACCAAGAGGAGAGAUGACAGAGAGGAGGAGACCGAGAGGAAAGAGUACAGAGAGGAGAGAUGACAGAGAGGAGGAGACGGGGAGGAGAGAGGACAGAGAGGAGAGGACAGAGAGGAGAAGACAGAGAGGAGAGGACAGAGAGGAGGGAGAGGACAGAGAGGAGAAGACAGAGAGGAGGGAGGACAGGGGAGGGAGGACAGAGAGGAGAGGAUAG